UGAAAGGCGACAGCCAUUUUUGUUCGUUAAGGGCUUCACUUCUCAGCAAGAAACGCUUUCGCCGGCAAUCUUUCAGUCGCGACGGUGCGGACGGGUCGGAUCUCCGUCAAGGCUGUUUAAGUGUGCUGUCGAAGCGUGCAAGAAGUCGAGGCAAAAAGCUGGUUUAUCCUUUCAUAAUUGUGGCUACCGCUGCGAUUUCCUCUGGGUUGCUUGGGCUUAAGGAGUCUUUCACGUGAUGUACAUUCUGGUGUAACUGUAUUAAGAUGGCAUCUCCACAUAAUAUUGAGUUGGAGGCAGCAAAGUUUCUGCACAAGCUCAUUCAAGAUUCUAAAGAUGAGCCUGCGAAGUUAGCUACAAAACUUUAUGUGAUCUUGCAACAUAUGAAAACCAGUGGGAAGGAGCAUUCAAUGCCAUAUCAAGUCAUAUCGCGGGCCAUGGAGACUGUUGUGAAUCAACAUGGUCUUGACAUUGAAGCUUUGAAGUCAUCUCGUAUUCCUCUGGCUGGUGGAACUCAGAUAGGUGACUCUGCUUCUGCACAUAUGGCAGGGUCUUCACAAGUCGCUGGUGUUAGCAAUGAUUCCAAAGCAAUUUCGGUUGAGAAUGAGAUGUCAAAAUAUGAUGCAUUUGGUAGGCAGCUUGGUGGACCAAUCAACACUUCACAAGCUUUUUAUCAAGCUUCUGGAACACGUAGUAAUACAUCCUUUGAUCAUGAGAGUCCAUCCAGCUUCGAUUCUAGGUCAGCGAAUUCCCAAUCCCAAGAUAGGGGUGAGACAAUGAAUAAAAAAGAUGUCAAGUCAACUGCAAAGAGGAAAAGGGGUGAAUCAUCAUUUUCAUCAACAGAGCUAAAUACAAACAAUUCUCAGCAAUUUGAUACUCACAGAACAGUCGAUAAUCAGAAGGGAAAAGUAAGCAAAGUGGAAGUGCCUGGUAAUCUAGGUGAUAUUGGAAAUUUGAAUGUAGGUUUGUCAUCAGAUGCUUACAAGAUUCCUCAGGGUGGAUGGCAAAACAGUGAAGGCACAACAAUUAGACCUCCAGGACUUAGAGAUACUGGAAAAUCUAUUGCUCCAAUAUUACCGCCAUCAAGUUCACCUUUCAAAGAGCAACAAUUGAAACAGCUCAGAGCCCAAUGCCUUGUCUUUUUAGCGUUCAGAAAUGGUUUGAUGCCGAAGAAACUGCACUUGGAGCUCGCACUUGGAAAUGCUUUACCAAAAGAUGCCUGCAAUACAGAUGGUUUUCGCAAAGAGCUGUUUGACCAUAAAGGGAGAACACAGUCUUCUGGUGAAUCAGGUAGCAUUCCUGAAGUCUCCCCACCUUUGUCAAGAAUGGAUAAUCCCACCGGAAGAUUGACCGACAUGGACUUUGCAUCAAAAGAAGCUGAGAGAUCAAGAUUAGGGGACAAAAGUUUCUCAAAUAUUGCAUUUUCAGAUGGACAAAAGCUUCUUUUGGCAUCUAGAAAACCAGACUCACAAGUGCCAAACCAGGUUGCUGUUAGUCAUCCUGAGUUAGCAUCUUCUUCAACUGGUCUAAUCAAACAUGUACCGCUGGAGGUCAUGAGUCGGGCAGGACUUAGCAACCGUAGUGACCUCCCAUCUUCAGCUGUUCAACUGGAUGAAUUUCAUGCUACAGAUCAUGAGGAAGGCAACAUGCAAUCAUCUCCGAAGUAUACAAUGUCACAGAAAUGGAUUAUGGAUCAGCAGAAAAAGAAACUUUUGGCUGAUCGGGGUUGGGCUCUAAAACAGCAUAAAGCAGAUCAAGCAAUUGUGGCACGGUUCAAUAAGUUGAAGGAAUCUGUGAGUUCAUCCGAAGAUAUAUCUGCAAAGACCAAGAGUGUGAUAGAACUAAAAAAGCUUCAGCUGUUAAAUCUUCAACGGCGUCUGAGGAGUGAGUUUCUCUAUGACUUCUUCAAACCGAUUGCAACUGAUGUUGAGCAUCUGAAGUCUUAUAAGAAACAUAAACAUGGCCGGAGGAUUAAGCAACUUGAGAAGUAUGAGUACAAGAUGAAAGAAGAGCGGCAAAAAAGAUUCCGUGAGAGGCAGAAGGAUUUCUUUGGGGAGAUAGAAGUGCACAAGGAAAGGGUAGAAGAUUUGUUCAAAAUUAGGAGAGAAAGGUGGAAGGGAUUCAAUAGAUAUGCAAAGGAGUUCCACAAACGAAAGGAACGCAUUCAUCGGGAGAAGAUUGACAAAAUUCAACGCGAAAAGAUUAAUUUGUUAAAGAUUAAUGACGUGGAGGGUUACCUACGAAUGGUGCAGGAUGCCAAGUCGGAUCGAGUAAAGCAGCUGCUCAAAGAGACUGAGAAAUACCUUCAGAAACUUGGAUCCAAGUUACAGGAAGCAAAAUCUUUGGCAAGGUGUUUCGGAAAUGAGGCAGACGAUACACGUGCAUCAAAUGUCUUCGAAUAUGAAGCUUCUACUGAAAAUGAAGAUGAGGGUGAUCAGGCAAAGCACUACCUGGAAAGCAAUGAAAAAUAUUACAUGAUGGCUCACAGUAUAAAAGAGAAUAUCACUGAGCAGCCAGCUUGUCUGAAGGGUGGAAAACUAAGAGAGUAUCAAAUGAAUGGUCUAAGGUGGUUGGUUUCACUGUACAACAAUCAUUUGAAUGGCAUUCUUGCUGAUGAGAUGGGUCUCGGGAAAACUGUCCAGGUCAUUUCUUUGAUUUGUUAUCUGAUGGAGUCAAAAAAUGAUAGAGGUCCAUUCUUGGUUGUUGUACCAUCCUCGGUUCUGCCUGGCUGGGUGUCAGAAAUCAACUUCUGGGCCCCAGGGAUUCAUAAAAUUGUUUAUUGUGGGCCUCCAGAGGAAAGGCGCAGGCUAUUCAAAGAGCAAAUUGUUCAUCAGAAGUUCAAUGUUCUUCUGACAACAUAUGAGUAUCUAAUGAACAAGCAUGACAGACCUAAAUUAAGCAAGAUCCACUGGCACUAUAUUAUUAUUGAUGAAGGACAUCGCAUAAAGAAUGCAUCCUGUAAGUUAAAUGGAGACCUGAAGCACUACUCUAGUUCCCACAGGCUUCUGUUAACUGGGACUCCAUUGCAGAACAAUCUGGAGGAAUUGUGGGCUCUGCUUAAUUUCUUGCUGCCUAAUAUAUUCAACUCAUCGGAGGACUUUUCACAGUGGUUUAACAAACCAUUUCAAAGUAAUGGAGAUAACUCUGCUGAAGAGGCGCUGCUAUCAGAGGAGGAGAACCUUCUGAUCAUCAAUCGGCUUCACCAAGUUCUUCGACCUUUCGUGCUGCGACGGCUGAAACAUAAGGUUGAGAAUGAACUUCCUGAAAAGAUAGAGAGACUCAUACGAUGUGAGGCUUCUGCAUAUCAGAAGCUAUUGAUGAAGAGGAUUGAGGAGAAUCUUGGAGCACUUGGAAAUGUGAAGGCCCGUGCUGUGCACAAUUCAGUAAUGGAACUUCGAAAUAUAUGCAAUCAUCCAUAUCUUAGCCAACUUCAUGUGGAGGAGGUCAAUAGCUUAAUUCCUCAGCAUUUUAUCCCUCCAAUUGUGAGAUUGUGUGGGAAGUUGGAGAUGCUGGAUCGACUUUUACCCAAACUCAAAGCAACAGAUCACCGGGUUCUUUUCUUUUCCACAAUGACUAGACUUCUUGAUAUUAUGGAGGAUUACCUCACCUUCAAGGGUUACAAAUACCUGAGGCUGGAUGGGCACACUUCUGGGGGUGAUCGUGGAGCUCUUAUUGACCUUUUCAACCAACCAGAUUCCCCAUUUUUCAUAUUUUUGCUUAGUAUACGCGCUGGUGGUGUAGGAGUUAACCUUCAAGCAGCUGACACUGUAAUAUUAUUUGACACUGACUGGAAUCCCCAGGUUGAUCUGCAAGCUCAGGCAAGGGCUCAUAGGAUUGGUCAGAAAAGAGAUGUUCUGGUCCUACGAUUUGAAACGGUCGAUACCGUCGAAGAGCAAGUAAGAGCUUCAGCGGAGCACAAACUUGGAGUUGCUAACCAGAGUAUUACCGCUGGCUUCUUUGACAAUAACACAAGUGCUGAAGAUCGUCGGGAGUAUCUGGAGUCCCUCUUACGUGAGUCAAAGAAAGAGGAAGCUGCUCCAGUUUUGGACGAUGAUGCCUUAAAUGAUAUUAUAGCUCGAAGUGAGUCAGAGAUCGAUAUCUUUGAGUCAGUUGACAAAGAGAGAAAAGAAAAUGAGAUGGAAGAAUGGAAGAGUAUGGUGCUGGAGUCUGCUUCAAAUAGUAGUUCAACCUCUAUUCCACCUUUACCCUCGCGGCUUGUGACUGAAGAUGACUUAAAACCAUUUUAUGAAGCAAUGAAACUAAAUGAUGUACCAAAGAUUGCUAUAGAACUUAAUGUUGGAAUGAAGAGAAAGGGUGGCUACCUUGGGGGAUUUGAUACUCAGCAAUAUGGAAGAGGGAAACGGGCAAGAGAGGUUCGAUCAUAUGAAGAGCAGUGGACAGAGGAGGAGUUUGAGAAGAUGUGCCAAGCUGAAUCACCUGAGUCUCCCAGAGGGAAGGAAGAAGGAAAUGCAAAGAGUGUGCCAAAGGAUACAUUUAAUGUUCCAACUGUGACCUCUGGCAACACAACAAUCCCCACACCUUCUACCUUGCCAAUGACUUCACAAUCUGUGGAUCCUCUACCGCCACAUCAGGAGCAACCACCACUAAAAGAAGCAACACAACCUGUCAAACGGGGUCGUGGACGGCCAAGGAGAGCUGAUAAGACUUUGACUGGAUCAGUAUCUCCAGUUCCAAGCGGGACACAGGCAGCAGGGGAGUCUAGAUCAUCAACAGUAAUUGGUUCUGAUUCUGUGAACCUUGAAAGAAAGCAGGAAACAGAUUUGCAUCCUAGUGCAGCUGUUCCUCCCGCUUCACCUGAUUUAUCUGCUCCUCCUGGUUUUCAAUCAUUUUCUAGUGCCAGUUCUGCUCCGCUGCCAACUAGAGGUCGGGGUAGGGGAAGAGGCAGGGGGCGUGGAGUGGGAAGGGGAAGGAGAUUGGAUAAUGCCUCGCAUGCUGCUGACAGUUGCAUAGGUGCUGAGACAAGGAUGAAUCCUCCUAGUAGCCUCACGACUGGAGCUGUUAGAGCUCUUGCUAGUGAUCACGGGGCAUCAAAUUUGGUUACUGUUCCCGUUUCCUCGACUGAGACUGUUGCGGGAGUCCACCCUCCUGGUGCAGGCAGCACAAAUCCUCAGGCUGUAUGUCCGGUGGAAUCCUCUCCUGCUACAUCUUUGCAGGAGUGUGGCCCUCAGUCCAGACGAAACAAAUCAAUCCCAGCAGCAGAUACUGACCUAGAUGCUCCACCUGGUUUUGAUUCAGGAUCCUGUGCACAAUCACAAGAUAGACCUGCAGAUUCAACAGGAAGAGCAACUGCUGUAACAAACAAACCUGAUGUUCUAGAUGCUAAUCCUUCAAUCAGUUCCUUGCCUGUUCGUUCUAAAGUUGAAGGUACCAUGCCUGAUAGGAGGCAAGGCCGGAAGAUGCAAAGCAGAGAAGAAACUCCUAGACGCCGCGGAAGGAAAUCGAGUCAAGUGUCAUCUACUUCUGAUGGCUGUUCUGCACAGAGCACAAGAUUAACACCACAAACAGAGGUCAAGUCUGGUGAUUCAUCAGGUAGCAAAUCUAUAUCUAUUGGAAAGAAGCAUGGUGUUGUUGCCCGAGAACAGCCCCCUUCCAGUCAGUUAGCUGCACCUGACUUGCACUCUUCUGGUAGUGUAAGUCAAGAUGCAAGAAGAAGAGAAGCUUCUGGUGCUCCUGGUUCUGGUAGGGUUCCAACUGCUGAUGUAACUGAUGUUGCCCGCGUCAUGAAAGAGAUAUUUUCAGAGACUUCUCUGUCGAAACCUAAAAUUGGGGAACCUUUCGAAACAGCAAGCACAAAUGCACCUGAUGUACAAUCCAUGGGUAAGGUGGAUUUGCAUUCUGUUGAGACCAACAAGGCAGAUAAGAAAAUGAAAGCCGCUGGUCCAAACUCGGAUGUUACGUCUGUUACUGGUGUGUCAGUCAAAAAGCAAAGAUCUGAGCCUUCAUUGAUGAUUGAUGAGAAUGUCAAGCCUUCCGUGGACUCUAAGGCUACUGUUUCUCAAUCUGGUGAUAUAACACUUCAGAGUAUUAUACCUGCGGACUCUAAAAGCCCUGUAAAUGAGAAGUUGGUCGUGGGAAACACAGAAAGCCAAUCAAUAGAUUAUCAAAGUGAUUUUCAUUUGCAGAGGUCUUCAGCUUCUGAUAUUGAUUCCUUUGGGACUUCAACCCGGGCUUCUAGUGAAAAGGAAGAACUACCUAGAGCAUCUGCUGUUGUUCCAAGAGCAGCUGAGAUGACUGAAAAUAUGGUUAAACAAACCUCAGGCAAAUCCUCAGUAGCCUCUCCUAAACGUCCUGUUGAUGAUAUUGAAAUGUCGGCAAUGGCUGCAAAUUCUGAUGGAAUCUUUUCCACAAAGCUUCUGUCCUUUUUGCAGCCGUCAGCAUCAAGUGAACAGGGUUCUCCCAAGAAAAGUGAAUCUCUUGCAGAUAUGCAUGAAUCUUCUCCUGCUGAUUCAGGUACUCCAGGAACCAAGAUUAUUUCCACUGAAGUUGGUGGUGGUGCCAGCAAUCACCCUGGAAUUAGCACACAGAUACAUGAAAGUUCAGAUGAUUCUCCAACUAAAAGUACUUUAGAGCCAGGUGUCUUCAUAUCCGGAAACGAGCAGGGAAAAGGAUGCCUGGCAUCUAAUUCUGAUUAUCUGAAGAGCAUCAAAGAUUCUGCAAAAGAGGAUGCCUGUUUGCCAAGUCAGGGGGAAGAUAUAUCUGUGGGAGUUGAUAUGUCUUCAGAUCCUGCUGGUUCCAGUGAGGGAGUUCCUUGUGGACUGGCUGGAUCAGUUCCUGUAUGUCACACUUCAAAUCCUCCAACUGCUGCUGAUUGUAAAAGCUUGGAAAUUCCAGCUACUGAAAGCACAAAGAAAGAAGGCGUACCUGAUCGUUCUGCUGGAGAAUUAUCUGCUGACAAGAAUUUAAUGGCAAAGGCUUCUUCUUACCAUAAGAAUUCAGAAGUUUUAUGUAGCCUCAGUAAGGGUGGUAAACUGGUUUCAGAUAUUCCUCACCCUGUUUCUGGUGACUCUUGCCAUAUGGAUGUAGACGUGGCCGAAGAAAAGGCAUCGUCUUCAAGAUGCCAUACUUCUGAGGCUAUUGCAUCUGAGUUUACCGGCGCAGAAUCUCUCCCAAAAGGUGAAACAAUUCUUCCCAUGGAAGUUGCAGUCUCUACUGGUGAAAAUCUUGAUGUUGAUGAAAGAGGAGUUAAUGAUUGCUCAGUUGGGGAACUUUCUGACGAAGAGAAUCCUAAAGAACAAAGGGAUUUGAAUUCGAAGGUCGAGGCUUGUAAGUUAGAGGCAAACUCUUGGGUAUCGCAGGUACAUCCUAAGAAAACUGAUGGAGAUUCUCAUGUGGAUGACAAACCCUUAGAAUUUGCAAAACUUGUAGUUAAAGAUGAUGAUGCCCAAAGGAAAAGAGAGGAAAGUUCGCAGUGUGAGACUUACGACUUGGAGCCAGGUUCUGCUGAAACUCAGUCAUCUAUCCAGCAAAUUGAUGAAUUGCCUACUGUUGUAGGUAACCAGGAGAAUCUCAUUGGCAAUGAUCCACAGCCACCGGUUGAGAUUACAGACUAUGACAACUCUGUGUCCCAUAUUAAUAGAAAUUAUGAUAGUCCUUUGACUGAAUCAGCCGAUACCAGACAAGACCCAGAAGAAGCUUUUUUGACACAAAGUGUUGAUAGUUAUAAAGAUGGUUUGGGAACAGAAGCUUCUUACACACAGAUGGAGAAGGUCGAUGACCGCAAACUCCAAGUGGGUGGAUUGAUGGAGAUUGAGGGGCAGAAAAUUCUUCCAUCCAGUCUAUGUAGAGAUACUGUCAGCCUUACCGAUAGUGAGAGGAUCAAUGAUGAUGAAGGAAACGAGUCACCUGAAAAGGGUCUUGUUUCUUGCCCAGAGGAGGUGGCUGAGCAUAAGGGAUUUGAAUCUGAAACGCAUGAUUGCUCACAUGCAAGUCAUGUCGAGAGAGCAGAUGAUCUGUCUGAGAAUAAGACUGAUGACGGGAAAAUGCACGUCUCAUCUGAUCAGGCUUCAAAUGCAUCACAUGAUUUAAAACCAUCCCACCCUUUGUCGGAGGAACAGACAGGUGCUUCCCAGGAUGGCAUGAUAGUGCCUCAAACAUUAGCAGAGAACAAGGGUGGACCUACAACUCCUGUGGAAACAACCCAGAACAUAGCGGCUGAAGAAGAUCAGUUUCACGAUACUCUGCCAGGAGAGGAGCCAAGAGAACUGGUGGAUGAAAAGAGUGAGCAAAUGGAUAUCGUGAAGAUGAUUGAAAACUCUGGGAAAGCUCUUCAGUCUCCAUCUCCUAUCGAGUCGGAGGAUGAGAAGGGCAAUAGCUCGUCGCAACAUCACCUGUGUUCAAGCUUAGAAGUUGUUAUAUCAGGGGGUUCAAAGGCUCAAGCGGGUGAAGGGUCUGUUGAAUCUGGGUGUCAGACAAGUACUACUAUGCCUUUAAAUACGUCAGUUGAGAAAAAGGCUUCAGAGGAUCUGAUUAUGCGAGAGGAGGAAUCCAAAGAUCCGGAAUCUGGCAAAAAUGGUGAUACUUGUGAAACUGAUGUAUCCGAAUGCUUAAUUCGAGCCUGCGAAGAAAAGUCAACUCGUCAUGAAACUGAUGUAUCCCAUGUGGCUGAAAAGGCUGCUCCGUCUCCAUCUUCUACACCUAAGCCGGAGGAAAGUCAAACUACAGAGAAAGAACAUGCCGAAGCUGCUGAACGUCAAGUUGAUAAGAUAGCUACUAAGAGAUUGAUGGAACCAAUGGGAGAUGCGGUUAUUGAUCUAGCCAACAAGGAUGCAUCUUGCAGCAUGAUGGAACCAGAGGAGACAAAGGAAUCUGAAACUGCGGCUGAUAUCAAUGCGCCUGAAAUUGCUGCGGAGGGCACGGACUUUUCUUCUUGCCCGAAGAUGGAAGAAGAGGUUGAGAAUUCAUCGGAUGAGGCAAACAAGUUUAAAGGUGAGGCCAACCAUGAAAGCAUUUCUGUUCAGCCGGAGUAUCUGUCAGGGAAUCCAGUUGCAACAUUGGAUCCCACACCGAUAGAAGAAGAAAAGAAGAAGAUUGACCAGCCUGAGGGUAAAAUGGCAGUUGGUGACCUGGGGGGAAUGGAGGAAUCAAAAGCUUCCACGGUUAGGUCAGAUGACGAAGCCAAUGACAAAGACAUCUUUGUUCAACCGGAGCAUUUGUCUUCGAGUCCCAGUGAAGAGAAGGAACGCUUGGAGUCUCAGGAAAAUGUAAACAUAGGCUGCUUGGUGGAACCACAAGAAUCAAAGAUACCAGAGAUUGGAUCAGACGACAACAAGGAAAGUGAAACCAGAGAUGAGGACAUUUCAGUUCAACAAGAGGACCCAUCUGCUAAUUUUAUUGCAAGUUCUACGCCAACGGAGGAAGAUAUGAGUGACCUGUCCAAGUUCAUUCAACAAGAGGAUGCAUCUGCUAAUCUUGUUGUGAGUCCUACACCAAUGGAGGAAGACGAGACAAGUUUUGAGUCCGAGGAAAAUGUAACAGUAAGAUGUUUGGAAGAACCUAAGGGCUCUGAGGAAGAAACAGAUCACAGUAAAGUUGAAACCAGUGAGGGGGAUACUUCUAUUAGACAAGAGGAUAAGACAAGUGACCAGUCCGAGGAAAAUGCAAGUGACCAGUCUCAGGAAAACGCAGUUGGCGGUGGUUCGGAGGAACCAGAAGUUCCAAAGGACUCUGAAGCUGAAUUAGACCGAAGAGAAGGCGAAACCAGUGACAUGUACGCUUCUACUCAACAAGAGUUUUCAUCUACUAAUCUUGUAGCAACCUUGUCUCCUAAACCAAUUGAGGAAGAGAAGACAAGUGACCAGUCUCGGGAAAAUGUAGCAACGGUGGAUGGUUUGGAGGAACAAAAAAUGCGGAAUGGCUCCGAGGCAGAUCAGAGGGAAGGUGAAACCAGUGACAGGGACAUCUCUGUUUUGAAAGGGAAACCAUCUGAGAAUCUUGUUGAGACACUGAAUCCUACACCAAUGGAAGAAGAGGAGACAAGUGACCAGCCCAAGGAAAAUGUAAAGGUGGGUGAACCAGAACCAAAGGGGUCCUCCGAGGCAGAGCAGAGGGAAGAUGAAACAAGUGACUGGGACAUCUCUGUUCAAAAAGAGGAUCAUCCGUCAGGGAAUGUUCUUGGGACUGUGGAUCCUACACCAACGGAGGAAGAAAAAACUAGUGGCCAGUCCCAGGAAUAUGUAACAGUGGAACCAGAAGAACCUAAGGAAUGUGAAACUGGUAACAACAACGACAUCUAUGUUAAAAAAGACAAUCUUUCUGUGAAUCUUGCCGGGGCACCAACAGAGGAAGAGGAGACAACAACCGAGCAGCAUGGUUUAGAAGAACCAAAGAGCUCUGAAGCAGAUUCCAACGAAGGUGAAACCAGUGACAUGGCCAUAUCUGUCCAGAAAGAAGAUCCAUCUCCAGAUCUGGUCAAGACUUCGAAUGCUACACCAGCAGAACAAGAGAACAUAAGCGGAAAAUACAAGUGUGGGCCAUCUGGAGGAACCCGAAAAACCAAAGAGCUCAGAUAACGAGGAGGAUCGUGCAAGUAAGCAGCAUGAAAUCGACGAGUCACCACGAGAGCUGGAAAAGGUUGAAGUCGAGGCAAAACCCGUGUCUUUCCCUGCAGCAGGAGACUCGGAUCAGUUGCAUCCCUCCUCGGGCACUGAAGACAAUACAAAGGAUGAAGUGAAAGGAGAGAGGGAGACUGAUUAGAUUUGUUGAGUAAUAUUGGGUUGUGUUUGUAUCAUUUCGUAAUGUCUUACAGAUGCUUUAAAAGUAACUCUAUUAUAUUUUUGUGAUGUCUGAAGAAAUAUAUUAGCCCGUAUAUGAAGGCGUUGUAUCACCUAAAUAUGAAAAAUAUAAACUUUCCUAACUUUAAAUGUUUGUGUUAGAUGUU